AGGCGGUUUUUCUGCAUUCGUGCGAACUGGCAUCAGGGAAGGAGCGAUUGGCAGAGAGGUGGCUUCUGCUGUUGCUGCUGCGGGUGUUUUGCUGCUUCUUCGCUUGGGGGUGUCCGGGAUCGCGCGAGGGCGGGGCGAAGGGGAGCAAGGGCAGAAAGGCCAGCAGCAAAGCAAGAAGCAAAGUCCGGAGAAUCGGGGACCGGCUUCUGCCCUCUCUCCUGGAGGCAACGCGGUCCAGCGCAGGAGAAGCAGCUCCGAAACGUCAGCUGCAGCAGAACCGAAAGCCUUUCCGGCACCUUGGAGUUCGGGACGAGCCGGGCAGUGCAAUGCUGCGCGUGUGUCUACUCGGGAGUAAGCCCCACUGAGUUCAGUAGGGCUUGUUCCCGGGCAAGAGCGCACAGGGCUGGCUGCCUGGCAAAAUAAAAAAAAAGAUCCCAGAGAUCCCGCUUCAUCGAUCACGUGAAGGGUCGGUAGAGAAAGAGGAAACUGCUGUAAGGUAAAAAGGGAACUGUGAUUCUGGUAAACAUGCUGCACACGAAGGUGAAAACGGAAAAGCCAGAUCUAGAGACGGCCAAUGCUCGAAACCGCCUCGAUGCUGUGCUGCAAUGCCUACUGGAGAAGUCUGAGGUUGAUCGGGAGCAGAUGGAAGAGGACUCUGGGAAGACUCCCUCAGAUGUACUCAGCAAGGACUCUUCUCCUACUGCCACAGGAAAGAGGCCGUCCAACCGGUUCUCUCACCACCGCCGCAAGAAGAGGAAAGAGACGGACGAUGGAUUGACGGAGGGUGGGCAGCAGAAACAGAACACCUAUGUCAUCAAGCUGUUUGACCGGAGCGUCGACCUGGCUCAGUUCUCCGAGAGCACCCCGCUGUACCCCAUCUGUCGGGCCUGGAUGCGGAACAGCCCCAUGGUCCGGGAGCAGGAGCGAUCUCCCAGCCCGAAUCUGCCUGUCCUACUGGAGGAUGAGGAGGGCGCCGAAGGUCUGAAUGGGAAGAGCCAGGAUGUGUACAAGCUGCCGCCUCCUGCUCCCUGCCACACAAAUGCCGCAGGGGAACCAGUAAACCUGCGUAUCCCAUCCCCGCUAGAGCCCGAAGACAAGGCGAAAGUAGCUGCUGACACGGCUUCUGAUGCUGUACCAUCAAUGUCCUCCCUCAUCUACAAGAACAUGGAGCGGUGGAAGAAAAUCAGGCAGAGGUGGAAAGAGGGAUCGCACAAGAACCAGCUGCGAUACUCAGAGAGCAUGAAGAUUCUGAAGGAGAUGUACGAGCGGCAGUGAGGGACACACCUGACCAUAGCCAACAACCUUUUGUAAAUCUCCCCUUCCCUGGAGUCCUUUGCCUUGGCAUUAACUGGCUUCAGUUUUAUGGAACAAUAAACACAGUAUUUGGAAUAGGUCCACA